UUAAAGCUGCUUUCAGCCAACUACAAAUUAUUGAAAGAUGAACAUAAUCAAUAUUAGAAGAUAACAAACCAAAAGGUUGAUAAGCCUUGAACCUGACAACGAACAUUGCCGGACAGAUUAUAAUGUCGGAUCGAAAGGAAACGAAACAGAGAUAGGUGAACAGUUGAACCGUUUCCUUUGCCGACCCUACAGUAGCUAUUAGAAGGGUCUGUCCCUUUUAUUCAAAAGAGCGGCAAAUAAGAGUUGAUGAAUGAUGCAAUGGUUAUGGUUCACUUGGAAAAUUAUUAGUAAAGUAAAACAAUUGGUUGUCUUGGGUCAAAUAUCACAGAAGAAGUCAAGUGUAUAUAAUUAUGCUUAUCGUCCUAUGAUAAGGUAUAUAUAUGUAUGUUCUAUUAACAUUCUAGGUUGGAAGCUGAAAUCUGAAUUCACAUAUUUCUGCGAUCGAAUGUUUGCUUCCUUGAAACGGGAUGAAGGAGAAGAUGACAGUAUCAAAAUGUAUCCAUUUAUUAUUAAGCAUCUCGCAUUUUUCUUGAGGAAUAUUGAAUUAGGAACUCAGGUCGCUGUAGGAAUUGCUAAAUUGGAAAAAAAAAACCCUGCUAAUUUCAUGCAAAAUGUUGAUCUCCUGGUUGUGGAAAAAGCCCUAACAUCACAACUGACAGACUUUUUUUUAUUUCAUUUCUCUUUUCAGGUAAGGGAUUUUGAAAGGAAUAAGUGAAUAGAGAGAUAAGAUGCCUAUGAAGUAUAAGUGAAUGAGUGU